UCAGUCUCUCUAUAUAUAUUUAUAUUUAUACACGUCUCGGGUGAGCUUCCACCUUCCGCGAUCUCUCCUCGUGCAGAGUUACCUUGGGAAAUGGCCGCUAGGCAUGCGUUUGUGGCACUGUUGGCCUUAACUGCCUCACUCCUGCUUCCGGAAUCCGGUCAAAAAUGGUGGGUGACUGGGGUUUCCGGCGGCUCCGACCAUCUGCCUCUGGGAGAAUCGCACUUUCUCAAGACCUCGCUGGUUCGCCGGAAAUUGAUCGGAAUCUCGCCUUCGUCGCAGUUACAGCAGGUGAUGCUCUGGGACUUCUUCGCUUUCGUCUUCUCUUUCUUGACGGAAGUCUCGUGCCCUCAAAAGCCAGCGCGAGUUUUCCACGUAACUGCCUACGGCGCGGAUUCGUCGGGGAAGACCGACAGCACCGAUGCAUUGAUGAAGGCGAUCGCCGACGCAUUUCAGGCGGCGGAUGCUCAUGUUCUGAUGCAGGGGAUUCCCGAUCUUGGUGGCUCGGAGAUUCACCUUGACGGUGGUGUUUACCUGAUAAGCCGGCCUCUCCGAUUCCCGUCCUCCGGUGGUGGAAACCUGUUGGUUCAUGGCGGAUCGUUAAGAGCUUCAGAUGAUUUUCCCGCCGAUGGUUACCUUAUAGAGUUGCAGCCAUCUUCUUCAUCAUAUGCAUUCGAAGACAUCACGUUCAAGGACCUAAUGCUGGACGCGAAUUACAGAGGUGGUGGGAUGUCAAUUGUCAACUCGCUGAGGACUACAAUCGACAAUUGUUACGUUUCGCAUUUCAUGUCAGAUGGCAUCUUGGUUAAGGGAGGCCAUGAGACCUACAUACACAAUUCCUUCCUCGGCCAGCAUAUUACGGCCGGCGGCGACCCGGGGGAGAAGAGCUUUUCCGGCACCGGCAUCAACCUUAUGGGCAAUGACAAUGCUGUGACGGACGUCGUCAUCUUCUCGGCGCAGACCGGAAUCCUCAUCUCCGGCCAAGCUAACAUCAUCACAGGGGUUCACUGCUAUAAUAAAGCAACCGGCUGGGGUGGAACCGGAAUUUACGUACAGUCUCCCGGUUUGUCCCAGACCCGAAUCGUGGACUGUUAUCUGGAUUACACCGGCAUCGUUGCCGAAGAUCCGGUGCAGCUACAUAUCUCAAAUUCUUUCUUUCUGGGCAACGCCUUCGUUCUACUCAAGUCUGUCGCUGGCGUCGUAAAUGGGCUGAACAUCGUCGACAACAUGUUUUCCGGCGACGGAAAGGCACUGGACAUAGUACAACUGGAUCAGUCCAAGACCGCUUUCACUUCCAUCGACCAAGUAGUGAUAGACAGGAACAACGCCAGGGGCAUGAACCUGAGGUCCACGGCCGCCAAGGGAGUGGCUAAUGGGAACGGGACGAGCACCUGGACCGUCGAUUUCUCGAGCGUCCUUCUGUUCCCGGAUCUCAUAAGGCAUGUGCAGUACGCAUUGUACACUCCUGGGGUGUUUCCGAACCACGCGCUGAGGAACGUUUCACGCAACUCGGUUACUGUGGGGGCUGAUACGCCCGUGUCGGCCUCCGUGUUUGUCUCGGUCGAUCAGAACACGUUGCCGAUAGCGAGCUAGAGAAGGCAGAUCUUGAACUGAAAGUUCAAACAGACGAAUGGGCGCAAGUCAUCGGCCGUUCAUGUAUAAAUUACUUUAAGAGUGUGUGUUUGUUCAAAUUUUCUACAGACAAAAAAAGUCGACGCCUGCAGAGAGGGGGAGGAGAAGGGAAGGUUGAAAAAGGCCCAAAUGGGUGAAGACUUGAUGUCAAAAGGUGCUUCUGUCAUUCGGUGUCAUCCCGACGAUGCAAAUUAUUAUAAUCUUUUAUUCAAAUAACAAGAGGCGUUUGAUUCAUUAA